AAUAAACGUCAUACAUUUCCAAAUUGAAUCAAUCACAUCGGAGAGCUUUUAUCUCCAAAGAACAAGUGCUAUUUUGGAGCUUAAACCGCGGAGUAGGGAGGGGGAGGUUAUAAAUACGUGUUCGGGUUUGUUCGGGUGUUUCCGGAGCGACUCGGGCGCCGCCGCCGCAGUGCGCCGCCCGCCCCAGCGAUGCGCGCGCGCCCUGGGCGGAUUCCGUUUACCGGUGCGGAUAACCUGAAAUGUACAGGCAUAACAAAUUAAUUUAUCGAUUUAAUAAUCCCAGUUUGAAUUGCAUAUAACGCGUCAGGAAUUUAAAUAAUACUGUACGGUACACUUAAAGUUUUUAGUGAAUGAAAGUUUUCAGGAAGUGUGUCGUUAGGUUGUUACUAUGUCGUUACAGUUACGGAUUCUAAAUAGCAAAGUUUAGUGGCGUUAAAAGUGGGAAUGUAGGAUAUGUAAAUAGUGAGAGUCGUUUUGUGCUAAAACUGAAAGCUUUGAUCUUAUUUUGUAAGUGUAGUAUCUGCAGUUACGUGUGUGUUUAUACAAGGUUUUGUGAAAACCGUAAAUGUAUUCCGAAAUUUAGCCGGAAGUCCAUAAAACAGUACAAAAUUUGUGUUAACGAUACAAACAUAAUGCAUUCCGGAAACAUUGAGGAGCUGCGGGCGCGCCGACUGAACACGUGCUUUUAUUUUAAUUCAAAAAUAGUUUGAAUACCGGCGGCGCUGCACCAUGACGUCACAGAGAGGGCUCGAUGACGUCACCGUCUCCACCGCCGCGGAGGAGAAAGGGGACGAUAUUGAGAAUAAAGAGGUAGUGGAGCUUCCUCCGUCCGGCACUUCCCUUCACAAGCGGCGGCGCGGGGAGCCCCCCGCCAGCCUCACCGUGCACCCGCCCGGCGCGUCUGACGCGGAGGGGUCGUCCCCCCGCGCCCCCGCCCCCGCCUGCACCCCCGCCCCCUCCCCCAGCGACCUCUGCUCGGAGCCCGACGGACCAGACCCGGGCGCGCUCUGCGACUCCAUGCUGCAGAGGCUCAAAGACAAAAACGACGAGCUCUCGAAGCACGGCCGAGACAUCGCGUUCAAGACUAGAGACACCCUCGACGCCAUGGACCAGCUGGAGAAGCUGCUGGACCUGCUGGACCAGUUCGUGACGCUGAAGGAGCACAACGCGACCAUCCUGCGGCGCCUGCGCGAGGUCGAGCACCUCAAGCGCCUGCACGAGGCCAGGAAGAGGAUCUGCAUCGAGAACGAGAAACUCAAGACGGAGGAGAAAGAACUGCAGUUGAUCAACGAAGCAUUAGACGCUGACGUGGACCUCGAGUUCGGGCAGGCGCUGUUCGACAGCAUGCUGAGCGGCGGGAAGAACAUGAGCAUGAAGCGCAGCGGCUCCAAGUGGAAGAGUCACUCGCGGUUUCGCGGGUCCAUCCUGCGGAAGCAAAGGUCAAGGUCAGCGGGCGGCGAGGACAGCGACGCGCCCCCCACCACGCCGCUUCGGCGACGGUCGGAAGCUAUAUCGUCGAAAGAAGUCGACAAAUCGAAGGUCUCCAAGUGGACGCGAGUGAAAGCCGCAUUUCGAUGGGAGAAGGCCCAGUGGUCGCCGGGUGCUCUCGGGGGCGCGGCGGGGGCGGUGGCGGCGGGGGCGCUCGGGGGGGCGCUCGCGCUGGCUGGCUCCGCCCCCGAGUCCCCCGCGCCCACCACGACCCCCGCGACACCCGCACCCCCAACGACCCCCGCGCCCCCCGGGCCCCGUGAGUCCAGCCUCACCCCCGGUAGUGCCAUGUCGCUCACACCAAACUCCUCGUGUGAAGAGCUGAGGAUGGAUCCGGGCAGCUGUCGGAAAAGCGUGAUGCGAUGUGACGAGAACGAAAGCUCCUAUCUUCAUGCACCUAUACAGGACGACACCUCAACCUCCCCGUCGCCCAACAAGCUGCACCGCUCGCCGUGGGGCAAGAUGAGGGACAUCAUACAGACCAAGCGGGACUCCGUAAGGAAGAAGACCAGGGCGACCAAGAGUUCCCCGGACGUGGUCCCUCUGCGCCGGCGCUCGUUCUCCGACGGGGGGGACAGCGACGCGCCGCCCGCGCUCACGCUCACCAUCCCUUCUUCUGAGGAGCUCGAAUCGGAGCCAUCCCACCCGGUGCUCCGCAAACAGCGCUCGCUGGAGCUGUGCGCGCGCCCGCCCCCGCGCCCCCCGCGCGCCUCCAAGUGGAGCAAGGUGAAGCGGGCCUUCCUCACCGGCGCCGUGUCCGUGCCGUCCAGCCCCUCGAGACAUUCUGCGUUCUUUACUGAUGCAGAGACCGAGGGUCUGAGCAGCGGCUGCGAGGCGAGCGGGUUCAAGGAGGAGAUCGCGCGGGACUACGCCGCGCUGCAGUCGAGGCUCAGAAGAGAGUUCUCUGAUAGACAAGGAAAGCUCUAUUCAUCCCGUCCCGUGGCCACGGAGGAGCAGCUGUCGGCCGACUUCCGCAAGAAGCUGGCGGCGUGGCAGGCGCGGCGCGGCGCGCGGCAGCCGCCCCCCAUGCCGGCGCGGCAGGACCUCAGUGAUGACUUCCUCAAGAAGUGGGACGAGUGGAAGCGCAUGAAGGAGGCGGGCGCGGCGCCGGCGCGCGAGGACCCGCGCCCGGACGAGGUGCUCGUGCAGACCUCCACCGGGUUGUUCAAGUUUCAAGGCAUAUCCCGUCACUUCACGCGCAAGCUGCACGAGUGGGAGAAGUCUCGCGGCAUCGCGCCGGAGGCGUCCACGUCGGCCCUACUCCGGGCGGCCCGGGCGCAGCCGCCGGCGCUGGCGCGCGCGCAGUCGGCGGGCAGCGUGGCCGCGGCCGGACCGCUGCGGCGACACGCCUCCAGUCUGAGUGUCAAUGAUGCUGAUGAUAUUGAUUUGUUGUUUGAUGGGGAUGGGCAGCUAUGCGAGCUGGACCCGACCGGCUCGCCCUCCCGCUCGGCGCUGCUGGUGGAAGUAGAAGCGGAGGAGGUGUGCACUGCUGCUCCACUACUGGCCGUCACCCCGCGGCACCAGCCACAGACGCCAGUGUAUACGUACGGAGCGGCUGAAGCCACGUGGCUGUGCGAGACCAGCGCCGCGGUCACCGGCACGGCUGUAUUGCAGGCUAGUGGGGCUGUGGUGGUUUCUGGUGACCGGGAAAUAAAGAUUGAAGACAAAGCCAGUAGUAAAAGCAAAGCUCGUGAUCAGUCCAAGGUAGACAAAAAUAACUCGAAGCGAAAAAUCCACCGACAAACAAGUAUAGAAGAUGACGCCAAGUUUAUUAGAAAAACUAUUGAAGAAAUAGAAAGAGCAAGCUCCAGAUAUAAAAAUGAUGAAGUAGUUGAAUGUACAGAAAGAGCUCCAAGAGUUGAUGAUGAAGUGCCAUCCACGAGCAGAGCUUCCGAGGAACGAACGAGAGACAGACAACCAACUGAAACAAUAAAAAAACAAGAUAGUGUAGAAGACUCAAACAAAGAUGAAAGUAAAAGAAAAGACGGAGACAAAACAAAUGGUAAAAAAAAAUCUAAAUCAAGAGCAAGGCUAGAAAGAGAACAAUCGAAGCCAUCUGAGAGUGAUACAGAAGUAGACGUUGAUACAGUCACGGUUGAAAUACCGAGGCGACGGAAAAAACCAAGAAAACCAUCUGAAAGACCUAGAACUCCACCAGCAUCAUUACAUACAGAUUCUGAAGAAGAAGUGUUUGUUCUAAAACUUAAGGCUCCAGACGUAAGAGAAGGUUCUCCUGAAGUCAUCGUCAAGACUACGCGUAAAAUAUUUUCUCCCGUCGUUAGAAGUGGGGAGUCAGUGCCCAGAGCCGUCAUACCUGUGGAUGUGGCUGAUUUAGCUGAAGUCAAACCCUCGGAUCAUAGCACACAGAACCGAAGCAACGGCACCAAAAAGAAAAUGGAUAAUAAGAAUAACAAAAAACGGGAAGAAGCAAAUGCCAGUAGAUCUAAAAGUUCUGGUGACCUCCACGAAGGCGAAGAGCAGAGGAAGAAGACCAGGCCGCCGCUACCACUGUCACCAUCAUCACAGAGGAAGCCGCAGCCCAAGGAAACUGCACCGUCCAUUAGAAUUAUGAUACAGAAGUACAAUAUGAAGAUGAAUGAAGAAGGGCACACGUCAGGCAGCGGCAGCGGCGCGUCGUCGCCCGCGUGGCGCUCCCCCGCCGCUGAGCGCCGCCGCCCGCCCGACAUGCCCGUCGGGGUUAACAUCAGAAAUAACCCCUUCCUUGAAAGAGAAGUCCAGAAGUCGGCAAGUGCCUGUCAGCUGUCCCCCCGUGAUCACGCCUUCGUAGACAAGCCCCUCACCCCACCGCCACCAGCCUGCAUAGACGGAGUGCUAAAAUCUCAUAGUGCUAACGCGUUACAUCCAGAACUGAACAAGGAUAAACAAGAGGAAACCAAAGAUACCGAAGAAGCCAUAAGAAGCAGAGCCAGCACGGACACCAUAGUACCUGAUUUGACCAGAAACUUGCCGGUUUUCGCAUCAUUCUCCGACUCUCAAUCUACAUUGAAACAAUCUUCGGAAACUAACCAUCCAUUUCCGCUCAGCCGGUCUGAGACCUCGCAUCACUUCCCGACAACUACACAGUCUAUAACUAAUGUUAGGAAGACCAGUAUUUCCGAAAUGACUGUGGCUUCGUUCCAUCCUUGCGACACGUAUGAGCGGUCGGUUUCGGUGGCGGAGUCGACGGCGACGGUGUCAUCAGGUGACUCGGAGGCCACGGCGCGCGCGUCCGAGCGGGCCGCGAGGAUCCGGGCCGCCCGGGAGCGGUUCCUGGCAUCACCAGCUCCAAUGAGACGAGAAGGGACCAGCUCCGCCAGUGAUUUGAGGCCUGGAGACAGAUCAAGCCGCGUGAGUGAGCACAGCGCGCCGCGCGGCGUGGAGGAAUCUUCACUCAGCCGGUCCGCCUCCACCGGCAUGGUCAACGUGGAGAGGGAAGCCUGGGAGAGACUGGCUGAAGGUGGUCGCCGCCGCCCCCGCUUCAGCCUGGCUCGUCUGGCGGCGCGUCUGCGGCGGCGCGACGGCGGCGCGGUCUCGCGGCUGUGCCGGCAGAGCCUCCUCGUGCAACUCACCACGAGGACUGACAAUAAAUAGUGAUCGGUUCUGUGGCA